CCCAACCAUAGCAUAGGACGAGUCCCCAGAUCUUGCUCCGUUACCUGUAAAUCAGACAUCACCACUGUUGAAAAAGAAUCUGAUCUGCUCAUCGAACCAGAAUCAGAGUUUGACAGAACAGUGCCAAACCACCAAAACCCACCCAAGUUUAUCGCAACAAAAGCUGAAUAAGUCACAGCAGCUCCCAGUGUGACCCAUAACUCCAGAUAAGUGCAUAGUACUUGUCGUUUGUAUUUUUUUCAUUAUUCGCAUCGUUUCAUUUCCUCACCUUCCACUCCCACUUCGCGGCCCCUUAAUAUCCACGCCCUCUAAGCAUCACAAGCUGCACCAUCUUGUAACGUCAUAAAUUCACAACAAUUGCAUUUACAACCAUGUUCAAAACACUAAUACCACUAGUGCUAGCCAUGGCCCUAGCCGCCAAACCUGCCAAUGCCGACUCAUGGUCCAGCGACGGUUGCUACGCCCAGAAGUCGUCGCUAGGCUUCUCUCUUCUGGACCAAAACAUCUACCAGUCGUCGGGCCACUGUGAGCUACAAUGUGAAGGCAAAAGAGUUGUUGCUCUCUUGAGCGGUAAAUAUUGCUACUGCGGAGACACAGCUCCGGACUCCUCAAAUCAGGUUUCUUCUUCCAAUUGUAAUGUUCCUUGUCCUGGCUACCCUGAAGAAGAAUGUGGGGGAGAUAACUAUUUCUUGGUCUACGUAAAUGCCGAUGUCGAAGAUGCUACAACGUCAACCAACACCAAGACGACGACGACGACGUCUGUGACGUCUUCAACAUCCAAAUCUACUUCGGUUUCUACCUCAACUUCUACCAAAGUAUCAUCUUCUACAGUAGAGCCAUCUUCAUCUUCUUCGCAAGAGGAAGAAACCUCUUCCUCUGCACAAGAAACGUCCACAGAUUCACCAGAAACUUCAAGUUCAACUUCAGAAUCGUCUUCGCCCAAACACAAUGCUGUCACCACUAUUGUGCUGACACUCACUACAAACCCAGCAGGCACCAGUCCCUCUAUCAUUUACAAAACCAUCGUCAACACCCCUUCAUCUACAGCCAGUGGCCCUACCAACACAUCUGAUGUAGACGAGACUGAAGAUAAAACGUCAUCUUCCAACAAGUCGUUGUCAGCCGGAGGUAUAGCUGGAGCAGUUGUAGGAUCCAUUGCUGGCAUUGGGCUCAUUGCGGGGCUUAUCUUCGCCUUUAUGUGGUGGAGACGUAAGAGGAGCGACGAUGAAGACUACGAUGACGAGUUUACGCUUUCUGGACCUGAAAAAACAGGAUUCCCAGCACCUCUGCCACCUCCCCAGUUAACAGCCAAUCCGUUCUUGAUAGCUGGAGGCUACAACUUCGACGUGGACCAGAACGGUCAUGCCAACGGUAGUCCAAAUUCAACGAGCAUGGGGCACAGCCGCGAAGCAUCGCAAGCUGCUGCUGGAUUCGGCCAUGGAUACCAUAAUCUGAACGAAGGACAUAGUGGAGGAGAGCAUUCGUUCAAUAGCGAUAGUAACAAUAACAACACUAACGACUUCACAUUCUUGGAUCCACCGGCAGACUCUCCACCAGAGCUCGGAAGACGGAGAUUGAGUGUGGGAUCGCUUCCAGACAUCAUAGCCCGUCAACCAGGAUCUUUGAAGGUUGUUAAUAACUAAUUAAUAUAUACACUGCUGGAAGCAGUUAAGG